AUGGCUGCACCAAAUCCUUUUGAUUACGAGGCAAUCCGCAACUGUAUUGCUAGAUACAGCAUUGCACCGGACACCAAAAACUUUGCUUUGUUUAAGGAAGUCUUUGCUGAGGAUGUCCAAGCUCAAUAUUCCUUUUGGGGGUGUCAAUGGGCUUAUGAGGAGCCCACAAGAACUGGGAGUAGGUUGGCCCCAGUGCAGACCCAGCACUCUCUGACAACUCAAACCAUCGAGAUCGAUGAGACUGGCCAGUCUGCCGUGGCAACUACAUAUUUUGCCGGACUCCAUUUUGGAGUUGGUAAAUGGAAAGGCCAGCAAGUCUCAUCAUGGGGAAAAUACGAUGAUCAUAUUGUACUAGUGCCAGGGAGGAAGGACAUCCCGGGCUCGAGCGGGAAGUGGUUGAUCCAGAAGCGGACUCUAACAUUCAUGGGCCGCUGGGGCGAGGAAGGCGUCAUGCAAGAGGAGCAGUAA